UUUCCUUUCAGCGCCUGGCGCAUGCGUAUUGAGCCGUCUUUCAAUAUUGUAAUUUUUUUUUAACGAAAAUGGCUGCCUCACAGAUUUAAGCUUCAACGCUCCAGGAAAAAUACCUAUUCAACAAACCGUAAUAUUUUCAAUCCAAAAUUAAGAAACGUCUGUAAGCGUUCCUAGAUGUUUAGAUUUUGCGGUAAAUAGAGUUAUGCCUUAGUUUCAAGGAUGGAAGAUAUAUCUGUUUCAUAUUUAACCCUUUGCAUCCCAAGAUCCGCGUACAAAUGAGAAAAUGAUGCAUCAGGUAGCCAGUAACAAUAACGACUAUGUCUUGGGUGGCCUACCUGAAGAUGGCCAACAUCCAAGCAGUCAUUUUGAGUUAUGCACCUCGCAGUCCAGCAAAUUUUACCCAUCUGCCCCACCUCCCCCACUGCAGCUGCCCCUGCCCAACUUGCCCCCUCUGCCACAGGCCAUGAUCAAACCCAUGUCGUGCCAGAUGCAAGACUCACAGAAUGAGUUUCACCCCCAGCCUGUGCGGAUGAGGGGCACCGAGGUCCCAGAGGGCUCCAAGAAGAAGAAAGGACUAGGCAAGACGGGAAGACGAGGGAGACCUGCGGGUACCACCAAGUCUGCCGGGUAUCGGACCAGCACAGGUAGACCGCCGGGCACCACCAGGGCGGCUGGCUUCAAAACCAGCCCAGGGAGGCCACUGGGGACGACCAAAGCUGCCGGGUACAAGGUCAGCCCCGGCCGACCCCCGGGCAGCAUCAAGACCCUGGCCAAGCUGAACAAGCUGGACUAUAGUGCAUGCAACGGCGCGCCGUUCCCGUACUCACUGAUGCAGAAGCGGGCAUUGUGUGAAGCUGCAGUCAAAGAGAAAACCACCAGCGAGUGAGGGCAGUCUUUUCUAUUUAUUGUGAGAGCGGGGUGAGGACAGUGAGAGUACAUGUCCUGGAUUGUCUCUGAUGGUCGCUGCAAGUGGACAUCGCAAACUGCCAUUUGCAUCAAGGCAGGACUUGAAUAUGGGGGGUAGAGGGUGGGUGGGUGUCAACAAGAAUUUUGAUACUUAGGCUUAAAACUUACUAUGUAUGCGAAAGUGUUACAUUAUGAUCAUUUUGUGUAUCUAUCCAAAGAGCAUUAGCAUUCACUCUCACUUUUAAAGGAACAAUAAGUAGAUUUCCAUUAAAAUGUAAUUAAAUAUUAAAUAAAAAAAACUUACUCAAUGGUAGUAUGUGUGGAAUGUUACACAGUGAUUAGAAGUGCACUCUCAUAGUGGGUCUCAAAGAGGGGAAAUGCCUUUUUUAAACUUCCUGUUCCAGUGUCGUGAAACAUGAGACCCACAGUAGUGUGACUGACAAAGAAAUCCCAGAAUACCCUGCUUAUUGCUCCUUUACACAUAUGUUAACCUACUGUACAGAUGUGCAUGAUGGUAGUCUUGUGAAACAAAAUCACAGUAUCUAAGCCGACAUUAUAUUAGACUUUUCGGCCAAUAGUCUAAACACAAGUCAAUCAAAAAAGGAAAAAAAAAAGCUUCGUGUUGUUUUUAAUCUUUGUUACUUUUGAUAAUGUUACUGCUUGGAUCAUUGCUAUUCUGUAGCCACACCUGAUUUCAUUCUGAAUUUAAAGUGCUAAUGAAUCAAUAACCACAGACAUAUUUAUCUUUUUCCCCCCCCAAUGUGUGUAUGUAAAUGCUAUGCUUGUAUUGUCUUUGGUAUUACGUAUCUUUUAUUUGUAUUUAUGAAAAACGUGGUGCCCUCUUGA